UUGAAGCUUCUUUCUUGACCUUGUUAUUUGGUUUCACAGAAAUUUCCUAUCUCGAAACUCACUUUUUUUUAAACUGCUGACUAAAUUAUUCACGUUGCUGCUUUAGCUCUGUGCCCAUCGUACAUAUAAAUAAUUUCGCCUCAUUUAAAGGGGAGUGCAGCACUUAAUGAUGUAGAAUAGAAUUGAACUUUACUAUUGUGAUUUACUAGAGUUUCCUGAAAGCAGCAGACGCUGUCCCGUCCCGCAAAGUUAGCUUUAGCAAUAGGUGCAGUUAGCUGGUAGAAGAGGACCGCAGCAUCAGCAUCAUCCACACACAAUGACAUAAAAUAUUUACCCACUUCUUUGACUGUACUGGACGACGGUCAGGAAUAUUCCUCGCACCAGUUAAAGAUGAGUCGCUUCUGUUCGGACAACAACAACUUUCCCUAUGACAACAACAUUUUAGUUUUGGAUAUGGUGUUGGGCUCUCUGUGGGGGGUGCCCCAGCCCAUAAACUGGGACAAUGUAGCCAAGUUAGUCCCAGGCUUCACUCCCAAGGAGUGUGCCCAUCGAUUUGAGGAGCUGAAAAGCACGGGUGGGUUUCCUCAUGUGGACUAUCAAUGUAAUGCCCUGACGGAAGGAGUCACCUCGCCGUCAGAUGACCCGCCCACACUGCUGGACACCGGAGAGGUGGUUAAGAGGGAUGGGAGCAUCCAGAGCUGCAGCAAAGUUGCAGGCUCCAAGUCGAUCCCUUCAGGAAGAGGUGGUCCUGUGGAGAAAAAGGAGAGACGGGUUUCAGCGGAGGAGGGUGACAAACCUCCGAAGCCACGAGAUCCCAACAUGGUGAUCCAUGUGUGCGACGAGACCAAGAACCUGAAGCAGGACUUCACGUGUCCCAGAGACCUUUUAGUCAAAGAGAUGCGCUACUUCGCUGAGUAUUUGUCUGUGGACCAGCAGAGGUGGGAAGAGGUGGACAUCUCGGUUCACUGCGACGUGCAGAUUUUCGACUGGCUCAUGAACUAUGUCAGGAGGAACUCUGCAGGAGAGGGGAACAAGGACAAACCCCGGCUUGAGCCCAGCAAUGUGAUCUCAAUCCUGAUCUCCUCCGAGUUCUUGAAGAUGGAUACGUUAGUUGAGGAGUGCAUCCAGUACUGCCACAAACACAUGAGCGCCAUUGUGGCCACUCCCUGCAACAUGAACUGCAUCAACAGCAACCUGGCCACACGCAUCGCUGAACUCUUCAACCACAAUGAGGCCGACGACAUCCGGGACAAAAAGGACAAGUUUAAGAGCAAACUGUUCCAGAAGAAAAUUGAGUGUCUGUUUGAGCUGAACUACCGGAGCAGAGAUUCACCGGGAAACGCCUCGACUCUCUACAGGUGUGGUCUGUGCCUUAAGCUGCUGACCAAAGACACAGAGAGGAAGAUUUCCUGCAUUCCAGGGAAAAUCAAUGUUGAUGCUCGAGGAGAAAUCAUCUAUACCCACACUAGACAGAAGAGCUGGGAUGUGCAUGAUUACAUCACCAGCCUUUAUGAGGAGCUCAAGUCCUGGGUCCUGGUUUACUGGAGAAUCUGGGGUACCAUCAACUACCUCACCUGCUCCCGAUGCCAACAGGUGUUUGUAUGUGCAGAGCUGACUCAUUGCAGAUAUCACCCAGACGGCGUGCUGUACCCCGGCAUGGGUGCAGAGAAAGGCUGUCAUGGUGCAGGGAUAUAUCCCUGCUGCAACCAGAGGGUUCUCCGCUUCGACCCUACUGGAAUACCAAAGGGCUGUAAGAUGCGAGACCACAUUGUGAACGUACCCAGCGAGGAGAACUGUGACGAGGAGACGUCGACUCAGACCAGAGUCCUCAAUGACCUGCUGCUGCACAGAGACGCUGUGUGUUUGUCCUACGCACCUCCUGCAGAGGGGACCGAGGAGAGUCCAUCUGGUGCAGAAAAAGUUCAGGACUGCGAUGUUUUCUUAGAGCCAACCCUCCUCGGAUCUCUGAGAGGAGACGGCAGCACUUUUUCCCUUCUGAAAAACUGGAGCCUCCAGCUGAGGCAGCAGUCGCUCCUGUCAGAGGAUGAGGAGUACACCACAGGGUCAGAGGUCACUGAAGACGAGGUUGGAGACGAAGAAGAGCUGUCCAAGAAACAAGCUGCUAAAAAGGCCAAAAAGACCCACAGACCCCUGAAGAAACAGCUGUCCUCUCCAAACUUCCAGCGCAGGGAAAAGUCUGAGAAAUCUCAGAGCAGAGACAACACACCCUUCACAGUGAGCGUCCAGAAGAGUAAGUGGGACAGCUCUCGCUCCAUGCGCUACAACCAGGACGCUCAGAGAGAAGAAGACCAGCGGCGCAUGGUGGAGAUCAUCGGCCACCUCACCAAGAUGAGGUUCGGAGACCAGGAGCAGAGUAAAUCCAAGGAUACUAAAGAGGUGGAGCCUGCAGGGGGAAUCUAUGCACGACUGGAAGCUCAGUUUAAGAACACCCCUCAACCCAGACAGAGCACAGAGAAGACGCCCAGAUCUAAACUCCGCUACGCUCAGAUCAGAACAACAUAAACGACUUGAUGGGAAAGAAGGCGGUCGACGCUGUUCUGAAAAUCUGACGAGCCGAGAUCCUUCUGUGAAGGCUGGAAUGUUCUCCAACUUAGUGUUUAACCCAGCUAUGGACUCUUCUUCUCCUCAUCUUGACCCCCUUUCUCAGGCCCAUCAACCCCCACUCCACUCAGAUGACCGAAUGGGUCACCGUCAGCAACAUCUUCUGUCGCUUCACUCGCCGUGUAUUUGUGCAGCUGUUGGCCGGGUCCUUAAAAACAAGGUGAACUCUGGGUCUAGUUCGGCUAAUAGGAACACAGGCUGGGAUUUCUACAACAUGAGACAUGUAUGGAAACUUAUUUCUGCCUGUAAAUGGAAAAAAACAGACUAAAUUGAAUUAUAAAUGGACUUAAAUUGAAUAUAAAGUGGUCAAAAUUACUUCUGUGCUUUAUAAUUGACUUAUUUAAUUGAUUAGAAAGUGUCAUGGAAAGAAUUAAAAAAAAUAAAAAAUACACUGCCCAUUCCCAAAAGAAAAAGGUCAGAUAUUCUAGUACUUCUUGGGUCGCCUUUAGCUUUGAUUCCAGCAGCAUUCACUGUGGCAUUGUUUCGACAAGCUUCUAGAAAGUCAAAA